CCCUUCUCUUCGCACUUUUUCCUCCUUCCUCUGUUCUCCCAAUUCACCGCCAGCAUGACGACCGACGCGACUCCCCCCGUCCCGCCGCACAAGACGUUCGACACCAUCCUGGUGCUCGACUUUGGGUCGCAGUACACGCACCUGAUCACCCGCCGCCUGCGCGAAUUCAACGUUUACUCGGAGAUGCUGCCGUGCACCGCCAAGCUGGCCGACCUCGACUUCACGCCCAAGGGCAUCAUCCUGUCCGGCGGGCCGUACUCGGUCUACGAGGAGGGCGCCCCGCACGUCGACCAUGCCGUCUUCGACCUCGGCGUGCCGAUUCUCGGCAUCUGCUACGGCCUGCAGGAGAUGGCGUGGCACUUUGGCAAGAACGCGGGCGUCGCCGCCGGCGAGAAGCGCGAGUACGGCCACGCCCACCUGAGCCUGCAGCAGCACGGCGGCCACGUCGACGAGCUGUUCAAGGGCCUCGACAGCGACAUCGAGGUGUGGAUGAGCCACGGCGACAAGCUGAGCCACAUGCCCGAGCACUUUGUCACCGUCGCCCAGACGCCCAACUCGCCGUACGCCGGCAUCGCCCACAGCGACAAGAAGAUGUACGGCAUCCAGUUCCACCCCGAGGUCACCCACACGCCCCAGGGCAAGGUCCUGCUCCGGAACUUCGCCGUCGACAUCUGCCAGUCCAGGACCGACUGGACCAUGGGCAAGUUCGUCGACCAGGAGAUUGCCCGCAUCAGGUCCCUCGUCGGCGACAAGGGCCACGUCAUCGGCGCCGUCAGCGGAGGCGUCGACUCGACCGUCGCCGCCAAGCUCAUGAAGGAGGCCAUUGGCGACCGCUUCCACGCCGUCAUGGUCGACAACGGCGUCCUGCGCCUCAACGAGGCCAAGCAGGUCAAGGAGACGCUGGAAAAGGGCCUCGGCAUCAACCUCACCGUCGUCGACGCCUCGGACCUCUUCCUCGACCGCCUGGCCGGCAUCAAAGACGACCCCGAGAAGAAGCGCAAGGUCAUCGGCAACACCUUCAUCGACAUCUUCCAGCAAAAGGCAAAGGAAAUCGCCGCGGCCGCACACAACACCCCGUCCGCCGGCGAGAUCGAAUGGCUCCUCCAGGGCACCCUGUACCCGGACGUCAUCGAGUCGCUCUCGUUCAAGGGCCCCAGCCAGACCAUCAAGACGCACCACAACGUCGGCGGACUGCCCGCAGACAUGAACCUCAAGCUCAUCGAGCCGCUGCGCGAGCUUUUCAAGGACGAAGUCCGCGCCCUCGGCGUCGAGCUCGGCAUCAACGAGGACCUCGUCUGGCGCCACCCGUUCCCCGGCCCGGGCAUCGCCAUCCGCAUCCUGGGCGAGGUGACGCGCGAGCAGGUCCGCAUCGCGCGCGAGGCAGACCACAUCUUCAUUGAGGAGAUCCGCGCCGCGGGCCUGUACCGCAACAUCAGCCAGGCGUUUGCCGCGCUGCUGCCCGUCAAGGCCGUCGGCGUCAUGGGCGACAAGCGCGUCCACGACCAGGUCAUUGCGCUGCGUGCCGUCGAGACGUCGGAUUUCAUGACUGCUGAUUGGUAUCCGUUUGAUGGCGCGUUUUUGAAGCGCGUUUCGCGUCGCAUUGUGAAUGAGGUUAAUGGCGUCUGCCGUGUUGUUUACGAUAUCACCAGCAAGCCCCCGGGCACCAUCGAGAUGGAGUAGGCGCCGACAAUGUGGUGGGCGUAGCUGCUGAAUGGAGUCGUGGACGGAGAAAAGAAUAGUAGACUUGAUGAUACCCUGCGAGAGCGAGCGCAUACGAGACUUGCGAGAACGCGAAUUGGAUAUGGAUAGAUAUGGAUGGAUAUGGAUGGAUAUGGAUGAAUAUGGAUGGAUGUGGGUGGAUGUGGGUGGAUAUCAUACGAAUAUGAGUAUCAUUCAACACACCCCACCUACCCAUCAACGCCCGCCCGCCCACGAUCUACAAGUUCCUCCCCGCCCCCCUCCGCCACGAACGCCCCCCCCCCCCCCCCCCCCCCACCAUCCGCC